AUGGCCGACAACGACGGCCCCCGCGGUGACAAUGGCUCGUCGAAUCGCGACAGGAAGCGCAAAUGGGAGGAUCGCGGCGGCGGCAAGCGGGGAGGCAGAGGCGGUCGAUCCCUUCAGCACGGCAGCCGUCCGGACAAGAAGAGAAAUAUGGGGCGUAAGGAGCAUAAAACCGCACAACUAGACCGCCGAGGCCGCAAUGCUGAACAGCAGGACAAAAACAAGGACCAUGAGGAGAAGGGCGAGAACGAGAAGCCGGCUCUUCCCGCCGCCUUCCCAGCUGAAGAGGUCGAGGCAGAGGAGCGCAGGCCGAAGCGCAAAGUCGCAGUCAUGAUCGGCUACUCGGGCACUGGCUACAAGGGCAUGCAAAUCGACAACAAGCAGAAGACCAUCGAGGGCGACCUCUUCACCGCAUUCGUUGCUGCCGGUGCGAUAUCGAAAGCGAACGCCGACGACCCCAAGAAGUCCUCGCUCGUCCGAUGCGCCCGCACCGACAAAGGUGUCCACGCUGCUGGCAACGUCAUCUCCCUGAAGUUGAUCAUUGAAGAGGAAGACAUUGUCGAGAAGAUCAACAGCCACCUCUCGGAGCAGAUCCGGGUCUGGGGCAUCCAGCGGACCACCGGGUCAUUCAGCUGUUACCAGGCGUGCGACUCGCGCUGGUACGAGUACUUGAUCCCCACGCACGCAUUUCUUCCACCUCACCCGUCAAGUUUCCUCGGGAAGAAGCUGGAGGAGUAUGCAGAGAAGGAAGGCGAUAUGGAUGCAUACCGCGCAAGACAGGCCGAAGUAGCCAACUUCUGGGCAGAGACCGAGGAGAAGUACAUUAAGCCUAUUCUGGACAGCUUGGAUGACUCGAUACGUCCGCUCGUUCAGGACGCUCUGUACACACAGGAUUCGGUCGAUGCGCCCCCAGGUGAUCCCUUGAUCGAUGCGUCUAUUGACACAGCAGGCACGGAGCCCGCACCACCCAAGGAAGAGGCUGCCGAAGAGACGGCAAAGCCCGACGCUGGCGAGCCAAUGAACGUUGACAAGCCUGAGGAUGAAGUGAAAGAUAUGGUGGAUGCCAUUCAACAGCAGGAGCCGAACUUGACCCUCGAUUCUGAGACCGAUGGCUCGGUCCCCCUACCUUCAAAGACCGUCCACGUUUCUCCCUUAGAAGAAGCCGUGAAGGCGCUCAAGGCAGCCUACUUAUCCGCAAAGAAAUCCUACCGCAUUUCUCCGGAGCGACAAGCCCGUGUCCAGGCAGCUCUUAACAACUACCUCGGAACGCGCAAGUACCACAACUACACCGUCCAAAAGAAGUUCAGCGACAAGUCCGCACAGCGAUACAUCAAGAGCUUCAAAGUGGCGCCGAAGCCCAUCAUUAUCAACGAUACGGAGUGGCUAAGCCUGAAGGUGCAUGGUCAGAGCUUUAUGAUGCAUCAAAUCAGGAAGAUGGUAGGCAUGGUUGCGCUGACUGUGCGUUGUGGCUCGAACCCCGACAUCAUGAUUGAGAGCUUUGGCAACACAAUUGUGCGGAUACCCAAGGCCCCGGGUCUGGGACUGCUUCUCGAGCGCCCCGUGUUCGAUUCGUACAACGAGAAGUCGGCCAAGCAGGCUGGACGUGAGAAGGUCGACUUCAACAAGUACAACGACAAGAUCGAGGAGUUCAAGGAGCGGGAAAUUUACCAGCGCAUCUUCCGGGAAGAGGCGCAGGGUAAUCAGUUCAACGCCUUCUUCACACAUCUUGACAACUACAAGGACCCGCAAUUCCUGUAUCUGACGUCUGGUGGCGUUGAAGCGACCAAGAAGAGUCUCGGGAACAAGUCGGCCCAGGCCAAGUAUGAGGAGGACUCGGAGGAUGAAAAUGCAAGCGGCGGAGAGGGAUAG